GAUAAUACAGAGGGCAUUAACUGCAAUAAAUGCAUAUUUGGUUUUCAUCGAAAGCGCGGAAAAUCAUGGAGCGAUAAAGAUGUUUGUUGGCCUUGUGAAUGCGAUCCAGUAAAGCACACAGGAGCCUGUGAUGAUGAAACAGGUCAUUGUGAAUGUUUACCGAAAUUUAUUGGUAUAAACUGUGAUCGUUGCGCUCCUGGUUACUAUUCACCGCCAGAAUGUAAACCAUGUGAUUGCUCCGUGGAUGGUACACUGGAUAGGACCUGCCUGGUACUCUACUCUUAA